ACAAGGGGAUACCUCAAGAACACAAAAGUACACGUGUACUCAUCGCCACCCGCAGACAGCCUCCUCUGUUCUAAACAACCACAACAAUGGCUCCUCGCUUCGUCCUCCCCGCCCGCCUCCCCAUAACCCGCACCUUCCGCGCCCCCGCGCGCUUCAACUCCAACACCACCACCAGCCGCGCUGCCCGCGUCAUCGAGAUGGCCGCCCAGGCUGAGAAGCCCGGCGCCCUCGAGGCCGGCGUGCCCGUCAUGUGGGCCGUCUGCGGCGCUCUCAUCUACACUGCCUGGAACAGGAUCGAGGAGCGCGAGGGCAACGAGAAUGUUGCCAAGCUUUUGAUCGUUUAAGCGUUUCCCAUGUGCAUUGCGUUGGAACAGCGCGCGUCGUUUCUAGACAGCCGAUUUGGCCUUGCAUGGCUUGCGAUAGAUUGGUGCU